UCAAAUCAUCUAGAUCUCUGCCAGUCCACCACCAUGUACCUGCACCUCCUCAUCCUCCUCCAACUCCUUUCCUCUGCUGGAGCCUCUGAGAGUGGUAUUGUGGGUGGUAAGAUGGCUAAGCCCCACUCAAGGCCCUAUAUGGUCUCUCUGCAACACAGAGGACACCAUGUUUGUGGAGGAAUGCUGAUCCGGGAGGACUUUGUCCUGACUUCAGCACACUGCUUAAGGAGUGCUUAUCCUUUAACGGUGGUCCUUGGAGCUCACGACCUAACCAAAGAAGAGAAGAAGAGUCGGCAAGAGAUUCAGGUGGUACAUCACCAUCGCCAUCCUUUGCACAGACAAUAUAGCCAGCUCACUUAUGACAUCAUGCUACUCCAGUUAAAGACUAAAGCAAAACUGAACAGGUAUGUAAAAGUCAUUGGACUCCCAAAGGAGGAUAAACAUAUCCCAGCAUCCCCCAAAUGCUCCGUAGCUGGUUGGGGCAAGACUAACUCGAACAACAACCAGGGUUCUGGCGUUUUAAUGGAAGUGGCAGUGACGGUGGAGGAUGACUCUGAAUGCAAGAGGAUAUGGCAGAAAUACUUUGACAAAAAACAAAUGAUGUGCACUCGUACUACCGGAGGGAAAGGAUUUUGUCAGGGAGAUUCAGGGGGACCUCUUAUUUGUAACAACAAGGCACAGGGUAUCGUUGCUUUUAAUUAUCAUGAGAGAUGUGAUGAUUCCCGAUAUCCUCAUGUGUUCAUGAAAAUCUCUUUCUUCAUGCCCUGGAUUAAAGAGGUGUUGCACGGAUAUGGUGCCAACAUGUCUUUAAACAAGCAGGAAUAAAGGACUAGGAAGUACAUUGAUGCUAGUGUACUAACAUAAUGGUAUCUAUUCCUGCAUAAAUACACUUCUCAUCAUGCCCUGGAUAGAGGACAAGUUUCUUAUUUUUAUAAUUUUGUUUCCAUUUAAAACACGUUUGUAACUGAUUUUCUUGUUUAGAUACUGUUUUUAUAUAUAUUUUUUGCAAUUAGUAAUUAGAAAAUAAUUUAAAAGGUAAAGCAAAACCUUUAGUCUGUCAUUGUUGCUAUUUUUGGAUAGUCCAUCUGUGUCACGCCCUGACUGUAGAUUGCUUUGUAUGUUUCUAUUUUUCGUUUGAUCAGGGUGUGAUGUGGGUGGGUAUUCUAUGUUUUUGUUCUAUAUUUUGUAUUUCUAUGUGUUUGGCCUGGUAUGGUUCCCAAUCAGAGGCAGCUGUCAAUCGUUGUCUUAGAUUGAGAACCAUACUUUGGCAGCCUGGUUUCGCCCUUGAGUUGUGAGCAGUUGUUUUCUGUUUUGUGUGGAUCACCUGACAGAACUGUUUCGUUCUCGUUAUUCCUUGUUGUUAUUUUGUUUAGUGUUCAAUUUUGAUUAAAUUUACAACAUGAAAACUUA